AUGAGUAGCAAAGCAAUUCUUUGGGUAGAAAUCGAAGAAUUGGGCGAGCUUGUCGCAUACCUCAAACGAUCUCAGUGUCUUCUGAAGGAGGCAACCGGAGCUGUCCACAGAGAGCACUUCCGCACGACGUACUUGACCAGCAUUGACCGUUCGAGUAUAUUACGCUUGAUCACAAUGUUCGAGCAAACCAAGCAGUUUCACCGCGUUCCUGUUGGGUUCGGUCCGGCACCUAGCCCUCGACAAGAUCCUACGGGAAAACGUUUUGACUGGUCCCAAUCACUCACAACCACUGUCGGCAUAGUUGUCGAGUGUGAUCGCGCGGCCGUCCAGGCGAUCCUUCCCGAGGCAUACACCGUUAAGCCGCCCUCAUUCACGCCCUCAGACAAGGCCAAUGUCCUAUUCGAAAUCAUGGAGCUCCGCAACCUGCCGUGGCUGGCCGGCCGCGGCUACAACACCUGGGGUGUCUACAUUAGCGACGUAGUGUGCCACCGCGCGAAGAAGGACGACGGCUCCUUGUACAAGGGUUCCUACCUGGCGGUCCUCUUCGAAAGCUUCACAGACCCGAUCACCACGGGCCGGGAGGAACUCGGCUUCCCCAAGGUCUGGGCCGAGCUGCCCGACGGGUCCGUCUCGGACGGCGGGAAGAGCCGCGUGCACACGGCCGGCUGGUUCGGCUACGAGUUCCUGCGGCUCGAGAUACGCGGCCUGAAAGAGCACGACCCGGCCACGGCGCCGGCCCUCACCCGCCCCGCCGACGGCUUCACGCACCCCAGCCAGCACGGCUUCCUGCACCACCGCUACGUCCCGGCCGUCGGGGAGCCCGGCAAGGCGGAUGCGAGCUAUGCGACCUUCAACCCGGCCCCGCCGGGCAAGGCGCCUGUCAAGAGGUUCUGGGCGCCGUUUCCCAGUCCCGGCCGGAGCAGGCCGAGCGAGGAUGUGAGUGUGGCUGUGACUGGGCCAGAGAUUGAGUUCAAGAUCACGCCGGGGACGUUUGAGCAGCUGCCGACGCUGCACAAUGUCGUGAAGGGGCUCGCAGACCUGCGACCGGGCAAGGUGCUCGAGGCGGCUAUCCAGGAGAUAAAGGGUGCUAGUGAUUUGCUUGCGAAUCACCGUAUUGAGAAGUGA